UCGUGUAUCUAUUAACUUGUUAUUUUACAGUGAUUUCAAGUAAUAUCAUAUCUAUAAAUUGUGUCAUUAAUUGAAACGCAUAUUUUGAUAAAAUUUACGUGAUUAAAAUUGUAUUAAAUUUUGAUAAUUAUAUUUAAUAAUAAUCAAUUUCACAUUAUAACUAAAUUAAUAAAAUUUUUUUUUAUGUGGAAAGGUCAAUCAAUGUAUUUUUAUAUUAACCAGUGUGUAUAACAAAAUGUUGAUUCUGUGUAAUAUAAUUAAAUAAAUCGACAACAAUUUUGCUUAAAAAAUAAAAUUUAAUUCAUGAACAUUAUCAUAACCGCGAAACUGAUUAAUAUUAAAUAAUGUUUAAAUCAAAUCAGGAACCAGACAUACCUGCAGCACUAGGUCUGUUAUCACAUUUAACAAACGAUGAACUGAAGGAAUUAUUAAACGAUGAUUCAAAAUUUGAAGAUAUUGUAAAAGAUGUAAAGCAGUUUAAGAAUUUAGAAACUGAAAAAGAAUUAUUAAUGGCAAGUAAUACAUCUCUGGCAGAGUUUAAUUUAUCAAAACAACCAGAAUUACAAGAAGGUAAACAAAUAUUAAAGGAACUUAGUGAAAAAGGAAGUAGAUUAUGCAUGAGCGUAAAAGAAAAAUUGGAUGAGAUAAAAAAUAAGUCUGGGGAAAUGACUGCUGAUACUGCAUUAGAUUUAUUGCAAACAGCAGCAGCGGAAAUUGAAGAAGAAUCAGAAACCAUAGCUGAAAAAUUUCUGGCUGGAGAUAUGGAAGUAGAUGAAUUUUUAGAACAAUUUUUAUCACGUCGAAAAUUAAUGCAUCUACGUAAAGUUAAAGUAGAUAAAUUGAGAGAGUUAAUAAGAAAAUCACAUACCGCUGUUGGUCCUGGAUAUCCAAUAGCUAGUAAUUUUAGAAGUCUAGCUCCUGCUGUUCCUUAUCCAGCUGGACCUGUUUCAAUGCCAAUGCCUGUACCAUCUGGUUUUCCAUAUUUUAAACCAUACUAAGUUACAUUUAUUACAAUACAGCAUUGUAUUGCAAUCAGUUAAGUUUUUAAAUAUUGAAUUUUCUUUAAUGUAUAAGAAAUACGUAAUUUUAAUUAACAAUAUUUUUAAGUGAUUAACGCAUAUGAUACAUCAAAAUAUUUGUAACAUUUAAUUAAUAGAUAAUAUAAUUAAGAUAAUUUACAACCAAUGUAUUAGAUUUUGUAAUGUUAUUGUGAUAUAUUAAAAUAGAUUCGUUUUCUGAAAUAAAUAUGUUAAAAUAUAUAAUAUAAACUGUAUGUACACGUUUUUGAUAUUGGGGUUAAUGAAAUAAACAUGUAAAUGUUAUCAUGUUCCACAUAGACA